GGCCGUUGCCGGGAGGAUGAGGCUGCGGCGGCUGCUGCUGCGCUACUUCCCGCCCGGGGCUUGGAAUGCCAAACUACAGCAAGUAUCUUCAGGACAGUUUCUUUGAAGAUAGAGCUGUUUAAAUAAAGCAAAAAGUUGUUGGGGAAAAAAGAGCUUGUUCAUUUCCAGAAUAGAAAAUGGCUCAUAAAUAAUGAUGUUUAAUAUCUUCAUCAUAUAAACGCAUCAGAGCUUUUCAUCAUCCUGCAAAGUCUCAGCAAGAACAGCCAACUUCCUUCUAGUUCCAAGACCUGGAAGUAGGUCUGCUGAAGUCAGUGGAGCAAUAAAGGAAUUUGUCUGGAAUAUGUACAAGAUGGUGAGCCAAAGUCCAGAUCUAUAGAUCUGCUUGAUCUUACACCUGAUUGGCUCCUUGGGAAGAACAAGAGGCUGACAUCAAACACCGUGCAGAGAUUCUCAGGUUUUAUUCAGCAUUCAAACUGUUUCUUCUGCUUUCCUUUAGCUAACAUCUUCCUCUAGCCAUCCAAAAUUAAAAAAAAAAUUAAAAAAUUAAAAAACCAGAAACAAAUCUGAGAACCUUAACAUGGUUUUGGUUAUAGUAGUCAGCCUAAAUGCUCUACUGAGACACCUCUGGUACAAGGAGCUUCAGAAAGGUAAAAAAAUGUCACCAUUAAAUAAAAUUGCCAAAAUCCAUGAAGUUUAUUAAGUAGAGGACAUGAAGUAAUACGAUUUUCUUAGUACCAACAUUGAUAUGGAAGAGUUCUUGCCUGGGGGCCAAAAUUAGUAGACAAUGUAGGCUGCACAAGAUGAAAAACCCAAAUUUAAAAAUUAUUUAUUUUUCUUUAACCAGAAUUGUUCAGCUGGACAGAACCUAGUGAGUUGCUUCAUUAAAGAAAUAAAUUGUCUCAUAUUACUUGAUAGGAGCAUAAACGUUGAAAGAUACCAAUUUGUGGGGGUGUUAGUGUCUCUCAUUCAGAGGUCUGAUACAGGAAAUCCCCUUUAGACUGCGAAAAUGUACAUGGUAACAGAAAUAUCAGGCUUUCUUGCUAGGACUAUUUUUAAUUGUAUGUUGGUGCUGUGACUGCCUGGUACUGACAACCGUCAGUUUCUCGUGGAUGGCCCGGAAUCAGCAGUUUAUCUGAUGAUGUUAAAAGAUAAUCCAAUUCCACAGACUAGCUGUGAACCAGUCCCUGGGGGUUCCAUGGACACCUGUAGACUGCAGACCACGUUUUGGAAGUUCUUGUCAUAACUAAGAGUUGCAGGAACAGGCACAGACCUGUGAAGCUACAGAGAUAAUUUUAACAUUUUAUAUAUAUAAUUUAUCUUGUUGCUAUUCCAUGGGUAAAUUUCUUUCCAAACUAGAGUUUUUAAAAGCUAAAUCUUACUGAACAACUUCAGCAAGAGAAGGAAGGAAGUACAGAAACCAAGAAAGAUUUAUCCAUAAUUCUUUCAGCCAUUACGCAAUGAGAUAAACACAUAAUUUAAUUGCUUCAGGUUUUUUUGCAAGUAAAUUCUUGGUUUUAAAUUAAUACUUAUUGCCAAAGUAUGAAAUCUGGUAGGUUUGGGUUUUGGGAGUUGUUUGUUUCUUUGUUUGUUUUCCUCAUAAUUAGCACAGAUGCCACAGCCUUAGUAGAAGAAAUUCAGAAAGGAGAACCUCUCAUCACAGCUUCGUGCAAGGAAUAUGUCAUUCAUAUAGUACGAAGAUUGCAAGAGAAGAUAGGGGAAAAAGAAGAUCAUACGUUCAAACUUUUUAAGAUACUGAGAGCACAUAUUUUACCACUGACUAAUGUGGCAUUUAACAAAUCUGGUUCUCGCUUUAUCACUGGAAGCUAUGACAGAACCUGCAAAGUAUGGGAUACUGCAUCAGGAAAAAAUCUACAUACACUGGAGGGACAUGGAAAUGUUGUCUUCGCAAUAGCAUUCAAUAAUCCCUAUGGUACCAUGAUUGCCACUGGAUCUUUUGAUAAAACCUGCAAACUGUGGAGUACGGAAACAGGAGUAUGUUCCCAUACUUUCAGAGGGCAUAGGGCAGAAAUAGUAUGUUUGUCAUUUAAUCUUCAGAGCACAUUGGUGGCAACUGGAAGCAUGGAUACCACUGCCAAAUUAUGGGAUAUAGAGAAAGGAGAAGAAAGAGCCACUUUAAGUGGACACUCUGGAGAAAUUAUUGCAGUGUCUUUCAACACCACUGGAGAGAGGAUUAUCACUGGCUCCUUUGACCAUACAGUAAAAGUGUGGGAUGUUGGCACUGGCAGGUUGUUACAUACUUUAAUAGGUCACAGAGGAGAGAUUUCCAGUAUACAGUUCAGCUGGGACUGUUCUCUCAUUGUCACUGGAUCAUUGGACAAAACAUGCAUGCUGUGGGAUGCCAUGGCUGGGACACACAUAGCAACUUUAACAGGUCACAGUGAUGAAAUAGUGGAUGUCUGCUUUGAUUAUGUCGGCCAGCGUGUUGCAACUGCCUCCUCUGAUGGAUCAGCAAGAAUCUAUAAUGUGGAAACAAAAAAGUGCAUUGCAAAGCUAGAAGGUCAUGGAAGUGAAAUUUCAAAGGUAUGUUUCAACCCUAAAGGUGAUCGCCUACUGACAGCCAGCUCUGAUAAAACAGCUCGACUCUGGGAUGCUGCUACUGGACACUGCCUGCAGAUAUUAGAGGGCCACAAGGAUGACAUAUUCUCCUGUGCAUUCAAUUACGAAGGCGAUAAAAUCAUUACAGGGAGCAAGGAUAACACCUGUAGAAUAUGGCACUGACUGAAGAGAAGGAAAGAUCCAGUUUGCUAUAUGCCUGCUUUGUGAGUUUCGUAGUCAAUAAACUCAGUCUUUCAGAUCUAUUUGCUUUUCCCCUCUUUGUUCACCUUCAGCUUUGCUAAGUAGGAAAGUUGCCUAGAUUUUUAUCAGUUUGCCUUUGCUGUUGCUGGGUAGAUAUGGAAUCACAGAACAGCAGAAAUUGGAAGGGACCUCUGGAGAUCAUCUAGUACAACACUCCUGCUCAAAGCACUGUCACCCAAGCAGGCUUCCCAGGAAUGACAUGGUUUGAAAUAUCUGCAAGGAUGGAGAAUCCACAGUUUCUCUGGGCAACCUGCUUAGUGCUUGAUCACUCUCACAGUAAAAAAAAGGUUGUUGAUAUU